UGUCUCUUCACCUCUCGAUAAAACAUUCCUUCCGCCUCAAACCGGAUGUGUCGCACUUGAAACGCGACUUUACCGGACACUGAAGCAGACGGAAAAGAAAGUGGAAGAGACAGCGUCGCAAUGAACACCCGGGGACUCCGCUCUCAGCUCAAAGACAGUAUACCUGUGGCAGGCCUCUGUCCUCAGGGACAGUAUGGAGUUCAGGACUCGCUGCGGAGCGGCUUCACCAGUGUGAAGAAUGAGCUCCUUCCCAGCCACCCCCUGGAGCUGUCGGAGAAGAACUUCCAGCUGAACCAGGACAAGAUGAAUUUCUCGACUCUCAGAAACAUCCAGGGUCUUCAUGCUCCACUCAAACUGCAGAUGGAGUACAGGGCAGCCAGACAGAUCCAGCGCCUGCCGUUCCUACAGAGUUCAAACCUGGCUCUGGACACGCUGCGAGGCAGUGACGAGUCCAUCGGCUUUGAGGACAUCCUCAACGAUCCAGCUCACAGCGAGAUGAUGGGAGAGCCUCACAUGAUGGUGGAAUACAAACUGGGACUGUUGUGAAAGAAGACGGACACAGAUCCACACACAUGCUUCUUUAUUUGUUUCUAACAUAACAAGUGACCAGCUCAGGCUCUGGGACUUGAUGGGUGGGUGUGUGGGUGGGGGUGGGAGGGGCCAGGGUAGACCAGGAGGCUUCCAGUUCUCUGAUUUGUAUGAUUCCAGUCUGACUUGUGUUUCUAAUAAACUUGACCUUCCUCA